AACGACAAAUGUUUUUUGAUUUUAUAUCUACAUCUUCAAUAUUAAUUGCACUUACACGCGUCACGCACAUCAUUAGAUGAUAAAUAGCGUCAUGAAGAUUAAGCGCAACUUUUUAGGAGAAGCAUAUUCUUCACAGCUAUAACUUACGCUUGACAUUUUAUUACGUCGUAAUUUAAUAUUUUAAUAUUUAAAAAAAGCAACAAUACUAUAUCGAAAGAAGUUUCAAGUGAAUUGUAUCAGUUCAAAUAUAUUGUCUAAAACUUUAAAUUCUCUUUUCACAAUCUUUUGGUAGCGCACAGAGGACAUCGGGGGUUGCGGUUAAUUCAGCUGACCGCGGCGGAUUAACCGCGCUCCGUAGUUUUUCGAAUCCUGCGAGUCGUGAAAUUUUUAACAGUAGGUACUCGGGCACUAAGAGACUCACGGCCCCAUGAUUCACGGUCCGUUUCGCGGGGUGAUUAAGACCGCUAGGUGUUUAAGAUCGCUUUAUGAAUGGCCACGGUGAGCCGGUGGAACGAUAUCUCGUGCCGGCCGGCCGUACGUUUCGUAGCGGGUAUUCCGGUAAGGCGGGAAAAGGAAGGCUGUUCUAGUUUCGAGCAGGCGAGAGGGUGAACGGUAACGAGGGUAGGUAGCCACCGUGGCUCCCGUUCGUCUGUCGUCUCUGGUCGAUGCACCCUUUAGCCACCUCCCCGCACCUCCCCCGCGUCUCUUCUCUGUCUUAUCGGAACGUUGCCAGUACCGGUAUCGCGGUAUUCCUAGCCGGUCGUGAUUCAUCCCGCCCGGUAAUAGUGCAAUUGUCUGCGCGCACCCUCCUCGCGAAUUUGGCUUGGUAUUUUGUGCGAAUCGCGUGCGAAUACCGAAGGGUGAGUUUUAACCUGGGCGCAUCUUCAACCCGGUCUUUACCGACGAUAGUAAUUAGUACUUGUGUUGGUAUACGUGAAUUUAUUUCGUGCGUUCCACGCACCCGAUAGGUAUGCCGGAUUAAUUGAAACGGGAACACUUUCAGUAUCAUCUCUCGGUUGCAGCUACUAUGAAAAUUAUGAGAUUUAAUUUUUUUUCAACGUUUGUUUUUCUCAUGGACUAUUUAAUUUCUGAAGAAUUGUUUUUAACUUUUAAUCCUUUACUUGAUGCUUUUAAUUCUCAGUUUCUCUUUUUUUUCCUAUCUUUCCAGUAUAUAUGAGAUUACAUCGUCAAUAUGAUUUUAUAUAAACUAUUUUGUAAAAUAAACCAUGUAACAUAACGCGUAAACGAAAAAUCUACGAACAUUAAUUGUCAUGCGUCGCAGGUAAACGAAAAAUCUACGAACAUUAAUUGUCAUGCGUAUACAUAGAUGCAUUUCCAUUUCGAUAUUGCAAUACGCGCAAAUAUUACGAUAUAUUGACAAGCGGGAAAUGUAUUGCUAAUAUUUGCGCUUGCCGCGACGACGAUGCUAACCAAUUCGAUAUUUGUUAUCAUGUCGGAAUUGAAGCGGUAUUUAAUAUUGAUGAUGGAAAGUUCCGGAUUUCAUGGCGAUUAUAUUAUGUCGGAAAACAUGUAUUUAGCGGAUAUUAACAAGUAUUAAAUCGCACUUGACGGGAAACGGUAUAUAAUUAUGUCUUUCGGAACUUCUCAAUUUUAACACCAGCUUUCGGUAUUAAUUUUUGUUUGAAACGCGAAAAUCUCUUUCAACGUAGCUCACAGAUACGCGUUAGCGACUGGCACGUCCUCACUUUGUAUCUUUCACGCCGUUACGUCACGGGGACACAGGCGUUAUCCAUGUGCAUUCGUGAUACACUUGAUGCAAUUCGUCAGAUCGAUCGCCCGGUCCGUGAACCAGAAAAUUAUGCAGCUUCGAUUUCGCGCGACGCGUCCUGGCUGCAAUCAUUCUCCAUAAUUCACAGUGGAAUCUGAAAAGCGGGAGGAUUGGACUCGUUCUGGACGAGAAUUUACGGGUAAUUUUUUGUUACGGUCUAUGCAGUCAAUAUGCGCACGUGUAACACUUGCAAUAAAGUAGAUCAUUCUAAUGAAUAUAAAAAGAAAUCUAUCAUAGAAAAUGAUAUUUAAUUUGAGGUACUUAUCGCAAAAGUAAUCUUCUAACUGUUAAAGUUUGACUUUUCCAUUUUAAAGCGUUAAUGGUUUCAUAAAUUAUUAAGUUGUUAAGUUUUAUAUCAUUAACUUGUUAUUAACUUAUGAACGCUUAAAGAGGAAAUCCAAUUUUGGUAGUACGUCACUUUUGCGGUAAGCUCUAUUAUUAUUUAUAACAUUAUUUUAUACAUAAAAUAUAUAUUGUUAAGAACUUAAUUAUUUACGCCACUUUUAACAUUAUAAGAAUACAAGUUUCAAUUCGUCAUCGCUAUUUUUAUUCUUUGCAAGUGCUGACUUAAAUCUAAAUUUAGCACACGAAACAAAAUUAAUUAAGGAUUUCUUUAAUUUCUGAUCAAUUAAUUGCUCUACUUUUGUCAUAAUUGCUCCUCGUCUUUAAUCUUCCAAAAAAUUAAUAAAAAGUAUAAGUAUUGGGACAAGAACGAAGAAUAUACAGAAUCUGUUGCUCGGUCAAUUUCGGUAGUAAAGUCUUUCUCGAUUUAAUUGCUAGAAAGACAUACAGGUUUUUCGAUUUGUUGCUGAUCGCUUAUUAUUUGUAGUCGUUCGAUUUCGCGAGGGAUUGGACGCGUGCGUUAUCGUUUCCCCUUGUCUCUACGCCGCUGCGCGAUGCUGCGAAUUCCGAUCCGGAAUUUCAGGGACGCAGAAGUUUGCGGGAAUGUCUCGCGACAUAAUCUCGCGUUGCACGAGACGCCUAUAAUGUAAUUUCGUGUACCUGUACGACGGGAAUUCGUGCGUGGGCGAUCGGAUUAACAGGCGAGAUGUUUUCGUUGUGCGUAUCUCGUCUCUGAUGCGUCACGCUCGACUCGGCGAUGAUGCGCGAAGAAAACGUGUAUCCGUACACGCAGGCAUGUAUCUCUCGUGCAUUGUUGUGCGCCUUCGGAAUGUAGGUCUUUUAUUAGUCCAAGGUAUUGUCUUAUGGAAGAAAAUUUUAUUGAGGUUUCUUAAUCGCUCGUACAAUUGCUAAUAAAAAUUAAAACCUUAUCAAAUUACUUUUAAUUACAGCGUAGUGGUUUUACAUGCGAUAAUUAUAGAAAUUAAAAGUGUAAAAUUAUCUUAAGAACAUCUCUUUUUAAAUGAAAUAUUGAGUACGCUUGUUAUCGCUUUAAUUUUAAAGCGCAACUUCCAGCGCAUAGACUUGCCUUUAUCUUGAUUUUUCUUUCUCUCUAAUCAUAAUAAGGAUUUUUAACUUAUAACGUAUAAAAGCAAAAUCAAAUUUAUUUGCCGUGUGGUCUCCGGUUUCGUAAAACCCGUCAGCUCUCGCCUGCCAUUUAUCACGGCGAUGUCGGGUGCAUCGGGCGCUUAUCACAGCCUUGUCGCCAUGAGAUCACUCGAUGCAUUCACGCCCGCUCUAAACCUGACGUCAUGCACCGCGCCGAGAGGUGGCAGGCUCCACGGGAAUGUCUCUCCUCCCAUUGGAUCACUUCCGGUUUUCCGUCUGUCACGCUCCAUUUGCGGCUGUUCAGUGCCGCAUCGCCGGUGUCCGCGACCAAGUGUGCCCGUGUGUCCUCUCCAAGAAUAUUCGGAAGUUCCGUGAUUCGGCGUCGCGUUUUCCAUCGGAAAAAUUUGUGCCCAUCAUGAGUCCCUCGUUCGGUGUGUGCGUGGAAAAAUGAUAGCCGACAUCGAGGCGGUGCCAAGGUCACGAGGGAGGAGCUGAGGUCAUCGCGGCAUCUAUGUUGUGCGGCGAACUCCUGAACGGUGGCUUCGUCAGUGCCGGAGCAGUACCGGUGGUUCCGUACAGCCUCCCAGGACUCUGGUUACCUGGUUGCCUGCGUGCUACCAGUCCACGCCUGUUGACCUCCCCUUACCUGACCCUGCUGGCCGAGCUCCUGGCCGCGGGCCGCCACGAGCUGCGAGACGAUCUCCUGGAGCUGAUGGACCUGGCAAAGAGGAGCCAUCAGGCUCCCGGCAACAACGGCGCGUCCGAACUCGAUCUUGACCUCCAUGCCGACGACAUCGACGAGAUCUUCUUAGAAAACGGCCUUCUGUCCUUCGAAAAUCCCAACUACCAUUUAGAUCCAGCUAGGCUCGACGAUGCUCUGAACAGCAAUGGAAACGGCAGUUCUCUGUACGAUGAAUUGUAUCAGGAAUUGGUUGGCAGCGGUGGUAGAAGCGGCGAGGUGACCGGCGGCGGUGGUGGCGGCGUCGGCGGCGGCGGGGGAGGCGGCGGUGGAACGAGGGUGCAAGCACGCAGAACCUACGCCACAUUGGAUCUGGGCAGCAUGGGGGUGGACGUCACCCAGGGCCCCCUCACGCAGGAUUCCGUGACGGACGACGCUCCCGACAAUACGGACAACCAUAACCUAGGGUACGGCUGCGAGGGUGUGGCGGAGUCCGCUCUCGUCGACGACACCCUCAACGGGAAUCCCCGCUCGUCGUCCACGUCGUCGUCGAGCGCGAUCCUGCCUCAGUCUCACGCCCUUCAGUCGGGAUCCGCGACGGGAUCGAUCGACGCUGCGGACACUUCCGGGUCGAGAAAUUACUGUGAGAAACCCGACAACGAGACCGCAGAGAUGGGCGGCGUGCCGCACGUGGAGGGUGGCCUGAACAGCGAGCUGUACGCUGUGCCGGUGAAACGGCGACAGCCGAAGGACCAGAAGAACAAUGUGAUUCUGCAGAACAAUACCCAGGAGAAACCGUUGGACAUGGACAGUACCGAUUCUGAGGAUAAGGACGAAAAUCUGCCGCCCGGUUGGCAGAAGCACGAAGAUGAGAAUGGGCCUUAUUACUGGCAUGUGAAAAGCGGAAAUAUACAGAGAGAACCUCCGGAGGCUCCUCUGCAUUCGAAAACGGAGGCGCGUCGAAGUCUCGUCAAGGAUAAUGAUAGCAUAAACAAUUUUCAUACUUUGAGCGGUAUGGUGAACACGGUGACUCGUAGCAACACCAGCUCGGCUCUGGACCAAGAAUUGGAGAACAAAAGGAAAGUGGAGUUGGCGCUCAAACGAAGAAGCUAUCCUGCUAGAGCGGAUUCUGAGGGUAGAGACAAGCCGAUCAGAUUUGCCGUGCGAUCAUUGGGUUGGACGGAAAUCGCGGAAGAAGAUCUGACACCCGAAAGAAGUAGCAAGGCAGUCAACAAAUGCAUCGUGGAUCUUUCACUUGGUAGAAAUGAUCUUCUGGAUGUUGUUGGACGAUGGGGCGACGGCAAGGAUCUAUUUAUGGACUUGGACGAGGGCGCGCUCAAGCUAAUCGAUCCGGAGAAUCUCACCGUACUUAAUACACAGCCUAUUCAUACAGUUAGAGUGUGGGGCGUAGGAAGAGACCACUGUCGUGAAAGGGACUUUGCUUACGUAGCGAGAGACCGAUCGACCAGGAAACACAUGUGCCAUGUGUUUCGUUGCGACAUACCGGCGCGCACGAUCGCAAAUACGCUUCGCGACAUUUGCAAAAAGAUAAUGAUCGAGCGUUCCCAACAUCAGAAUCUUGCGAAACCGGUGGACAUCAACGGCCGAACGAGUCUUGCUACGAGACCUACGAAUCUGCCCACUGAACAUCGGCGCUUUCACAGAAACGGUCAGGCACUAGUCACGCAAUCUUUCCCAACACCAAUGGAGGAGCCGAAAAAGGUAUUGCGAGCGCAGUAUCUCGGAUCCAUGCAAGUCACUCAGGCGACCGGCAUGGAAGUGCUGAACGAGGCGAUAGAACAUAUCGUAUCAAACACACCGAUCAAUCAGUGGCGAAACGUCAAUGUCGCCGUAGCUCCUAGUAUGAUUUCCAUUCUUACACCGAAUGACGACAAGCUCAUCACCGAAUGUCGAGUACGUUAUCUAUCAUUCCUCGGUAUCGGCCGCAACGUAAAGCAAUGCGCUUUUAUUAUGCACACCGCACAGGACUUGUUUAUCGCACACGUCUUCAAUUGCGAGCCCAGCAGCGGAGCCCUCUGUAAGACAAUUGAAGCAGCUUGCAAGUUGAGGUAUCAGAAAUGUUUGGACGCACAUCCACAAGGCUUCAGAAACGCUAGCAGUCUUAAUACUCCGAACGGCAGAGGCUUUGGCGCGACUUUGAAAUCUUUAGUUGGGUCUUUGACCGGCCGCAGGAGCAAGCAAGGCGAAUCCUGAGACGAGGCUCUCUCGCUGCAGAUCAGUCCCCCGACUGUCUAGGAACUCUGGCCACUGCCUGCUGAGCGAGAAGUGAUCCGACACAGGCAUCUGCAGUCGCCGUUGACACUUAAGUACUUCGGCGGCUCACCGCCGAGCGCGUCCCUCAAGUCGCUGCUUUCGCCCUCCCUGGACACCAGGCGUAUCCAGUUUGCCCGUUGGGAAAGUAAUUCCUAGAGAAACACGGGUAUCAAGCCUGAUGUGCCGGGAGACUUGCCGUAGGGCAAAUGGAUAUUCUUUUUGCAACGUAAACGACUGAAUUUCGCGAAAAAUUGCGCAGAGUGCUAUACCAAUACCACAGCUAUAGUGGACUACGCUUACUUAUGUCGAUAUGAUGUUAUGUAUGUUAACGCAAUGAAUGCGAUGAAGGAGAGAGAGUAUCACGAAAUUGCCGCAUCUCGUCGAAAGAUUGAGAUAACAUCGGGACACGCAUCGAUCUUGUCACGAAAAUCCUUAGGAGACAAUACCAGCUUAUGAGGCAACAUUUAGAAGAAAUCAACGAGAAGAAAGCUGGGGAGGGGGAGAUGGUAGGAAGGCGGGGAUGGGGAGAAGAAAGCGAAAGAAUUAGAAGAGUUUGAAGAGCAAAAUUGUACAUACAAGAUGGCGAUUAUCGUGCUACGUUUAAUUAACUCGCUUGCUCGAACGGCAGGGAGGAAAGAUGGAAGAGCCCGCCGGUGGGAUCUCGCGAGCGAAUCAAGUUGUAUGUAUGUCGGAGAGAAUGAAUGAGCUCUGCAAUUAGUGUAGUAGUAAGCGUAUAUCCGCGAAGGCAUUCGAGGUGAUUUGAGGGGAGCCAUAGAGAGCUUGCAUAUGUAUAAAUAUAUUAUAUAUAUAUAUAUAUAUAUAUAACACAAAUACACACACACACGCAUACACAUACGUGCGUAUGUAAUCUCGGGUAUUUACAAAUUAAAGAAGCGAGUCGAGGACGACGACCGGAGUACAUGAGUGCAGAGAAUGCACUUCCGCCUACACUCGCGCACGUAAGAACACAAGCCAGCACCGCGACGUUGAGUAUCCUGCGGAGUAUCGCCGCGUUCUCUGAUUUUGACGACGGGGUGCGCCAAUCGAGCGCGACGGAUUCCCGGGAAGACACGCCGUAGAUAUACACGCGCACGUUUACACGACGGCCGAUAGGGAGUUUAUUUUUUAUGGCGAAUUAAUAGGAGCUUUAAGGGAGAGCUUUGCAGCACCUCGGAGAUUACGAAGCGAUACGACAAAUACUUAUACCGCGACCGUCCUUUAAAUUUCAAGCAGGGUUAAGGGAGGGCAGGGGGAGAAAAAUGACACUUAGGCGAAAAAAAUCAGUGGUGCGCAAUGAUAUCGAAUGACCCACGCGCGAUCGUAGUCAUUGUACGCGCAAUAACGUUUAUUCAACAUCCGGAAGAAGCGCAAGUGAUAAUUGUUAAACUGGGAGUGUAUAACGGCGGUAUUAAUCAUUAUUAUCGUUGGUGAUAAUUGUUAUCCUCGCGUAAACGCGAACGCUAAAUGGUAAUUAUUACCGCUAGGCGCAUCGUAGCACGACGAAUUGCAGUUGAAAAAAAAUAAAUUAUAUGCAUAUCAGGCCAUCGCAGUUUUUCCUAUCACUAUCCCAGAGGAUAGAAUCGCACGCUCGGGAAAUACUAGAGACCGUCGUUACCAUCGAGAAAAUGGCACGUACAAAGACUUAUUCCCAUAGCAUCUAGCUCCGCACUCAUCUCACAUAUGUAGGAACAAAUGUACAAGCUACGGACUGCACUUCGCACUAGUGAUCGCCGCUAUCUCGUAGAAUUUAGAUAACUGAAAACGUAGCUCCAGGCACGUUUGUCAAUGGUAACACUUUUAUAAAUCCGAUUGCAUCGCAUCGCGAAUUCAUACGAUACAUAUACGAUACAUUUACACGCGUGCAUACUGAUGACGAUUGAUGCGAGAAGGAGAUUCACCGCUGGUUACGGACAUGGAAAAUAUCGAUUAGAACGAAACCACAUGUUCUCUCUAAUACGCGCUUAAUUAUAUCUAUUUAUUAAUUUUGAUUCUAUUUUAAUUUUAUAUAUUAUCGAGAUGUGCGAACUAUUUGAAUACGAAUCGGUGAUCAUUAAAAGGGUUAACUUAAUAUUUUACAGAUUAAAUUUAUCAAAUUCCUUAAAUAAAUCAAGAUAGUAUUUACGAUUGUAUAGAUAUAUCCUGAAAAUAGCGAGCGAGAUAUGGAACUGUGAGCUAUUGAAAUCGCAUCCUCUCCUAUUUUCUUCGAGAGACAGCCUUUCUCAUUCGGAGAACGCGCAGUUCUCGUCGACCUGCGAGGACGGUCACGUCGUACGAGCCAUCGUCGUUGCGAGAGAUACAAAGUUGUGCGGGACCCAGAACGAAGAUAUUUCUAUGUAGCGUUAUAAAUAAGAGAAAAAAAAGCAUACAUACAGAAGAAAUCGGAAAGAAAAAAGGCGAGAUAUAAUAGAGUGUUGUGGAAGCGUAUGCGUGAAAAUGAGUGUGCAUGAUAUUCCUGAUCAGGGAGGGUGAUUUUUUUAUUGUUAUGAUGUAAAUAGUUCAUUACAGUAUCUGUCUCUCUAUUCAUCAUCGCGAGAUCCUUUUUUCUUUACCUCAUAUCGUGAAAUUAACGUAAACGAGUGAACUAACAUAUGUUAAUGUUGAGCAGCAUCGCGUUGUGCAGUUCGAAAGAGCAAUUGCCAGCAGUGUCGCGAGUCUGCAGAACAUGGGGUUGAAGAAACUCGUGAUGAAUUAUUCUUGAAUUCGACACAAUUCAAUUCAAUUACUAAAGGCUGCAUUCGGCGGACAAGCGGCUCAAUGAGUUCAGUCUUUAUUACGAUUGAUUUCCUCAUUUAGAGCUAUGUGAAAAACUAAAGGUGAAAAUUAAUCUUAUUAAAGAUUUAGUCGAUUGUUACACAACUGUUGUGUUACACAUCUUUUGAACGCGGAAAGAUUCACAGGAUCGAGAUAUUCUUCAACCCAUCCUUGUUUUUUUUCUUUCUUUUUUUCUCCUUGGAGGGAAAACGGUCUCGAGAAGCGCGCGAAAGGAAUUAGCAAAUGGUGUGUGGCUGUAAAUAUACACGUGUAGAGAGUAAGGCCGAAGCUAUGGAAUUCAAUCAGACAGACACACAUUCACAGAAAUGUUAUCACACUGCACAUGUACCGCGAUGCACAAUCGCAUUUUCACGUACACAUACACACACACAUACACGCGUGCACACACGAAAUCCUCAAGUAGCUGCAAAAUACGCGCAUACGUAUGAAAGAGAAAAGAACCUACACACACACAAAUUGCGCAUAGCUUAACUGUCUCUUUAUAUAGGUGUUGACACGUCGUCACGGGGAAAAUAAUCUCGAAUGAUAGAUCGGAGCUUGGGGAAGGGAGGGGGGAGGGGAAAGGGGGUAGGUUUCAUGUGGUGAAACGCGACAAGAGCCACUUAUAAUUGAUAUAGCAUAGCAAACCUUACUGUAUUUACCGUGACAUGUAAUACCCUUAACGAAGAAGAAAAUGCGAAUCUAUUGAUAGAAGAGUUGUUCUGCACAAAAAGAAAACACGAUUGCUUCAUCAAUAAUUAUAGUGUCUCUUUCUCUUUCUCUCUCUCUCUUUCUCUCUCUUUCUCUCUCUUUCUCUGUCUGUCUCUCUACCUUGAGAAGAGUAUAUACGUACCUCUCUCUAUACCUCUCUUUAUACUAAUUGCUCUAUUGAUUAUUUAUUUGUUUCGAUACGAAGAGAGGAGCGCUUCACAUUCGACGAGACUCGUGUCGCGACGACUCGCCACAUUAUUACGAAUUAAUUACGAAUUUACUCUAUGAUUAUUCACUGCUAUCGCCGCUAAAAGCCUCAUUGUUAUUACAUUGUUGUCAUGAUCACACGUCAUCGUCAGCGUUACUAUAAGGGACAAAUUUAAAGAGCCGCCGUAAGAGUCGUCGUAUAUUGUCAUACUAUAUAUUAUAUAUUGUUACCACACACCGACACCUUUGCGAAGGGGGAGGGAAUUUUGCAAAAGAGAGGUCAUGGGAUUACCGAUACUGGGAAUAUGCCUGUGGAAGAAUCAGCCGCUGAUUAAUUAAAAAGAGGAUGACCCUUAAUGAAAGAAUACUAUCAGACUUGCAAAAAAAAUUAUUGGAAGUUAUUGAAAAACCAUUCGAAUCCAAUAUUGUGUUUUAUUCUACCAAUUUUUUUGCGAGUAUUUUUCCAUAAGGGGAAGGUCCUCAAAUUACAUCAAUGAUUGGUUUCUACUUGCGUAUUGCACCUCCAUAUGCGAUUACGCGAUAUCGCGUUCUGACUCUACCAGUACGAUCGAUUAGAACCCACUCUCCCCUGAACGAUACUCGCCUAAAGGUGCCGCGAGAAGCACUAAUUAGGAAGAUGCGGGACGAGGACGCACCCAGAGUCCCGAAUAUGUCUGCGUUUUAGAGCGAUUCGUCAGGAUCGGGACACGGCGGAUCGUGCAGCGUGCAAGUGAAACGAGCAGCGAGAUUCUAUCUGCCGACAUACACGCAUACGUACACACAGAAUUUUAUAAAGUGGAAUCUCGCUGCGUUUAAAGUAAAAUUAAAAAAAAAAGUUGAAGUAAGAGAAGAAACGAAGUAGAAACGGCGUUUCGUGUACGAGAGGACGAACACUUUGUAUGCACCCGCCCCCAUUGUUCAUGCCCAUUUGUAUUGCGUAGUGAACCGAUCGGUAAUUACGGGUCGGUUACAAGAUACUAUUAUAAAUAUAUAUAUGUAUAUGUGUGUGUGCAUACAUACAUAUGCACAUGUACAUAUAUAUGUAAACAUAUAUAUACGAAAAGCAAGACAGAAAUGAAACUACUGUAACUACACCUGCCUCUUGUGAAUAAAUGCCUAUUUGUUUCUU